AUGAUUAGUUCCCUAAAAAAGUCGCCAUCGGUUCCAGCGUUGUUGGACAUUACAAGUAAUCUUGAUUUAUUGAUUGCGUUUAACAAACCGGAUCAGAUCGAAUCUACAUCAGAUGAUGUUUACCAAAUUCCUGAAGAAAGAAAUUUUGCUGAAGUAUUGGUGACUGGGGACCAACAAGAUUAUGGAGAUAUGGAAGAAGGUCGAAAACGUCGUCACAAUGCUGACCCAAAAUCUUGGAAAAGGAACAAGGCUUUUUUGAAGCGAAUGCGAGGUGAAGAGUAUUUAGGAUAUUCUAAAUCAAAAGAUAGGAAGUUCCAACAAGAUAUUGUAAGACAAGCAAGACGGCUAAGACCAACUUGCGUCUCCAAUUUUUGUAAGAAGAGUAAGAAAAACAGAGCUAGACAAGAAAAAGAAGAGGACAAGAAAAAAACAGCUGCUGGAGAAUUUAUACUUUUGACUGUGGAUUUAGAGGCUGUGAAGAACCAGGAGUGUGACUCGGUUCACAGUACUAUUGAGCGAAAACUCAAAAAUCGUGAAAUACAUUUGCCUAGUGAUUAUGUUACGAUUACUAAAGAGGCACGAAGCACUAACCCUUAUGAAGCAAUUAAUGUAGAUCAUGAAUUUGUUAAAGAUUAUGCCCGACCUGAAAAUAUGCUUUAUAAAAGUAUUCGACCAGGCCGCAAAGCUGGCGAUCCACAGACUCUGGUGUUCUUGUGCGCGGUGGCAGCGGCUACAGCCAUCGCCGUCCCUGUGUAUCCCUACACCCAGGCCACAUAUGCCCCAACUUCUUUCAAUUAUGCCGCGGCACCUGUUGCCAAGACCGUCUACACCGCGGCACCUGUUGCCAAGACCGUCUACGCCGCGGCACCUGUUGCCAAGACCGUAUACGCCACGGCACCUGUUGGCAAAGUUACCUACACCGCAGCACCCAUCGCCAAGCUAGCCUACGCAGAGCAGGAAGAACCUGCCAAUUACGAAUUCAGCUACUCAGUUCACGACACCCAAAGCGGCGACAUCAAGCAGCAACAUGAACAACGUUCCGGCAAUUCCCUUCAAGGCUCUUACUCUCUGGUACAGCCUGAUGGUGUCCACCGUGUUGUAGACUACACCUCUGACCACGAGCAUGGUUUCAACGCCGUUGUGCGAUAUGAGGGUCAGCCUACUGAAGCUCCCGUAAAGGUUGCCUACGCUGCACCGGUCGCCAAGGUCGCUUAUGCCGCUCCAGUGACCAAGCUCGCUUAUGCUCAGGCCCCAGUUACCAAGUUCGCUUACGCACCUGCUCCCGUCAACUACGCAGCAGCCCCUGUAACCAAGGUAGCAUAUGCCCCAGCUCCGGUCACUUAUGCCGCCGCGCCCGCAAACUUUGCCUACUCUGCGCCCGUUGGCCACGUCACCUUCUCAUCCCCAUCCUACUCUUACAAUCACUAA